UGAACUCGUGUCGUCACUUUUUGACUGAGCGCGCGGUUGUCAAACACAAACAAUUCCUACUACUAGUAAAUGUUGAUACUAUCAGCCUGUUUUCUGCUGCUCUAGUCACGCAUUUUGCCCUGUAACCCUGAUUAACAUUUUUGUCAUGGGCUCAAAGGUGGUAUCUAGAGCAGAAGAGUUUUCCACACUUCUCCGAUAUCUUCAGGAUGACCAAAGUAGUAAUUCAUGCACAUAUGAGGAGGACAUUCACAUUACAAAGAUGAACGGAGACAAACUUACUGCGGUGAAUUUGUACUUUGCCAACCAAACAAUCUUUGUGUGUGAAAAAGCUGUACCAAAAAUAAUUGGGCUAUGUGAUGGUGAUGAGCUAAACACAGAGACAUCGAACUGUACAGCUGAUAGUGAUGAUGCUGAAGAUAGUUGUGAUGUUCUCCAAACAGAGCAAGGACCACAGCCACUUACAGUCAUGAAAGCAAGACAGUUGCUGUCUUUGUACACAUUAUCUCAAAACCCUGGUGUGUCCGCUGUGGACAAUAACCCCAUCUUACACCCUCUCUGGGUGCGAUGCGACAUGAGCGAUCCUGCAGGAACAGCCUGGUUUGGUGCAGAAAUAGUCUGUGCAUCAAAUAAAGUAGCCGGGAUCAAAUUGUAUUCUAUUACCUGCAAAGGUUCAACGGUGGAAAAAAAAUCUCUUGUAACCCUGGAAGAACUGAAACAAAUGCACAAGAACAGACAUCAUUCCUCCUCUAUGGGGAUUAAAGGUAGCGCCAGGUUCAGUUUGUUUGGGUCCACCGUCGUGGAAAACACCACAAUCGAGUCACAGAGCAGCGUGACAGUGGACUUCAAGUGGAGUCAUGUGGAGAGUAUUCUUGAGAUCCCUCCUCUGUCCUCUACAGCUACUCUUAAUAUCAAAGUUGUCUGUGGAGACAUGAGAAGUCCCAUGUUUGAGAUGUACAGGGAGCUAGAGUUUCUUCAGACUUUAGCAAAUGGUUUGAAAACAGGUGAGACUGAAUGGAUGGAACCUGUGGAAAGCACAUCGGCUGUAAACCUGACAAAGGUUUAUCUCGAAGAGCUUAGGAACAUGGGAAAAACAUUACAGGAUCAAGCUGCCAAAACAGUUGAGACCCCAAAGCUGAAGCAGGAGACGGAUCCUUCCAUUUUCAACGCCUUCUUGGAAAGAGGAGAUUUAGAUUUUGCAGAGCAGCUUUGGGUCCGGAUGAGAAAAAGUGUGACUUCAUACCAGGACAUCGGCGACUGUCUGAAGCUGGUUAUCGAAGCUCUACGAUACGGUGACAUCAAGCCCUGGAUUCACAGAGACAGCAGCAGCUCCCUCAGCAAACUGAUCCUUCAGUCCUAUCACCAGCAGAUUGACCACGUCUCUCUUACAGGCAUCACCCCGGUCACCAUGCUACUGGAGGUGGGACUAGACAAGAUGAGAAAAGAUUACAUUAACUACUUGAUUGGUGAAGAAUUGACAACUUUAAACCACCUGUACUACUACCUGAGCACUGAGGUUGAUCUGCAAGAGCAAGUGAUCAGACUCAGAAAACUGCACCACCUGCUGGAAAUAAUAGUGACCUGCGGCACAUUCUUGGGGUUGCCUUACGACCGGCAAUUUGUCCUCACACAAUCAUGUCUGAAUCACUACAAAACAUCAACAUACGACGAGGAACAUGAAUUCAAGCUCCAGAUCAAACCAGCCUUGAUAAGCCAUUUCUACCAGAAGGAGCUUCCCAUAAUGUGGGGAGUUGAGAUAUCCAGUGGUCAAGGUCUUCGUGAGGUGCGGACGUCCUUACAGCUCAGUGACAAGCCGCUGGUUGAUCAUGUCAUCUUUGAAACAGAUUUUCCAAAUGAAACUGUAAAUGGGGACAUUGAUGAGCCUGCCUUCUUUUCUACUACGAUGUGCUGCAGCUUCAACAGCUUUGUGUAAAUGUACUAUUUGUAUUUGAUAUCAUCAUUAGCUACUAAUAUGUUUUUAUGUCUUUUUGUUUUUUUUUUGGGGGGGGGGUUAGACUAGAGAUGUCAGUUUUUCAAUAUGACUGUUUAGGGGUUUAGAAGAGGCCAUCUGUUGAACAAAGUUUAAUAUUGAUAAAAGCACAAAUGAAGGUAUUUUGCAACAGCCUUUUCAUACAACAGGACAAUACAGCAUGUUGUUGAUGCAUUUAUCAGAAUCUCUGCUUCUAGGUUCUACAUUAUCUGCUUAAGCAGUGUUUAAUUUCUCUCAGCAAACACUGAAUUCACAUCAAAUGAAUAAAGUCAGCAUUUCAAUUUAAAGUCAGCUCACAAAUGUACUCGUAUUCACACAAAAAUGAGUAAAGAAAUAAAGCAGUAAAGUUG